UUAACUUGCGAAUUAAGCAAAUAAGUGACAUCAAUUCUUAAAUAACUCCUUCGUAUAGUAAAGCAAUAAAUAUUGUGAAAGAUAAACAAAACACGACAGAAUGCAUGGACUAUUGCUGGUUCACGGCGCCCUUGAGGUGGUGCCGGUGGGGGCACCGGGUGAGCUCUUCAAGAAGGGCGCAGCCAUGGGAGACCUUCACGUGCUGAGGUCUUCAGCCACCGGCGGUUGUUCGGUCGUCAUAAACGCGGAUGGGAUCAUCGAAGACGUGAGCACCGACGACGACAUCGCGGCGCGCUACGGCCACUGGAGCUUCGACCACAAACUGGACGCGUCGGGCUGCUGCGUCCUGCCCGGUCUUGUGGACGCGCACUCCCACCCCGUGUGGGGGGGAGACCGGGUCCACGAGUUCAUCCUGAAACUAGCGGGGGCAUCGUACCUGGAGGUGCAGGCGUCGGGGGGCGGCAUCCAGUACACGGUAGACCGCACCAGGGACACACCAGACCAGGAGCUGCUGACGCUGCUGCUGCAGCGCCUGCGCAGGAUGCUGGCGUCAGGUACCACGCUGCUGGAGGCCAAGUCAGGCUAUGCACUCAACGCUGACGGGGAAGUUCGGCUGCUGAGGUUGCUGCACCAGGCGGCCGCCUUUACCCCCAUCACCAUCUCCCCCACGUUCCUUGGGGCCCACGCCAUCCCCCCGUUGAUGGCCUCAGACGAGGCUACCCGUCAGGUGAUAGAGGAGCAGCUGCCGGCGGUGAUGGCGGCCAAGGAGCUCGGUGAGCUGUCAGUGGACGCCGUGGACGUGUUCUGUGAGGUGGGCGCCUACAGCAUCGCCCAGACGCGCGCCAUCGCCGACGCCGCCCAGCGCAGCGGCCUCAAGCUCAACCUUCACGUGGACGAGCUCACGCCCCUGGACGGAGCUAAGAUGGCAGGGGAGAUACACGCCGAAGCAGUGAGUCACUGCGAGGAGGUGUCGCCGGAGGGAAUAGCGGCCCUGGCGGCGGGGGGCACGGUGGCGGUGCUGCUACCUACCACGCAACUCCUGCUGGGGCUCAAGGCUCCUCCUGCCAGGGAGAUGAUUGACAAGGGCGUCAUCGUCGCUCUCGGGUCCGACUUCAACCCGAACGCUUAUUGUCUUGCUAUGCCAACGGUGCUGCACCUCGCGUGCGCGCUGCUGCGCCUGUCGCCCGCGGAGGCCCUGACGGCAGCGACGCUCAACGCCGCUCACGCCCUGAGGCGCUCGACCUCCCACGGCGCCCUGCGGCCUGGCAUGGUGGGCGACCUGAUGGUCCUGAGGGCGCCGAGGUGGGAGCAUCUGAUCUACCAGCUGGGCGAGCAUGCGUCCCUCAUCGAGCAGGUGGUCUGUGCCGGCCGAGUGGUCUACAAGAAACCCUCAGACCUGCCAUGACCAUGUCUGCAUGUCUGAUGUAUUGCCAUGACCAUGUCUGCAUGUCUGAUGUAUUGCCAUGACCAUGUCUGCAUGUCUGAUGUAUUGCCAUGACCAUGUCUGCAACUCUAAUGUAUUGACUAGACCAUGUCUGCAUGUCUGAUGUAUUGCCAUGACCAUGUCUGCAACUCUGAUAUGGUCUAUACAUCUACUAAACAAAUAUUUCUCAGGAUAUGAUUUCGAUUCCAUGCAUCAAGAUUUUGCUUUUGCCAAUGGUUUUCGAAAUUAUUAAUUUCUCUUAAGAUGUCAUGCAUCAGUGAUUAUUACAGUUGAGAAGAAAAACCAUAAAAUUGAAAAAACUCCUCAAAGGGUGAAUUUGCUAUUUUCCUGUACUUCCAGGUGCUUCUAAUUAUUCUCAGAAAUGAUUGUGAAUGGGUUCAGUGACAGGGAAAUGUUGCAUUUACUAGACCAACUAAUCGUCAAAAUUAAAUUAGGAUUUGGGUGAAAUUUAACGACGGGUUAGUGAGUAUGGUUUUAUAAUGCGGAAUGAUGGUUUUCCUUAUUGUCUAACCAUGGAUAUCUUGCUAUCCAUUAAUGUCAAUGCUUCCAUAUCCAGUUUUUAAAUGUAAUUAGUGCCAUUGUAUAUUCAUAUGUACGCUGAUAAUGUCGAAUCUGUGCAAACAUAUCAUAUGCUUCAUUUUUUCGUAACUGCACGUCUGACACAAAGUAGAUUUGAGGUUGAUUAUUGCAAUCACUGUUAAGUUCGCAUAGUUUCUGGGCCAUAGAAUAUGAAGUCGUCAUGAGGAUAACACGUCCAAAUUAAGAUCACAUUUAAUUAAAUGCUAAUUACAUGCUUCUAUUGCUUUGUUCUUAUGUGACUUAAUUCGCGUCUCCCCAGGAGUACACAACCUAUGUAACUUUUGAACAUUCUUCCUACGGGUCAAUGGCGUAGUACUCAAUAAAAUACUCAAGCCUAGUGUAGACCACACUUACGCGCCAAUGAGACAUAUACGUGAUUGGAAUUGCUCACCCAUAUGACCCACACAUAUCUCUCAUGUCCAACGUUCAUCAUUUAUUCGGUAGAGUUUAAUUUCACACCUGGAAGCUUCUUUGAUUCUUCCCUCUUUGAAGGUACUCCAUCUCGUGAAAGUGAACGUCUCGAAAAUGUAUUAUUUCAUUUUGUCAUGAAUUAUAAAAUAAGGCAGAAUAGCGAGAUCCCACAGGAUACUUCGUUAUUAUAGUGUUUACUUAUAAGGGUGCUUAACCUAUUUUGCGUUAGAUACUUUAUUAGUCCGAUAAUUUCGUCGUGAAUUUUAAAUUUUCGUAUCCAAUUUGUUUUUAAAGGCGAUAUACAGUCAGGAGCUCUUCUAGGGAUUUAAAAUACAAUUUUGCGGUGGAAAGAAAAUGUCAAAAUCAUAUUAAUGUUAAAAAAUGGUCAACUUUCGGGGUUCUUAAGAAAAUUGAAGUGAAUAAAUGUAAUAAUUUAUGCAAAUCGUUUGGUAUAAUUGACGACUGCCCAAUUAUUUACUGAGAUUUUAUGGAGUCAGAUCAAACAGAAAUAAAUUCGUUGCAAACACACCGGAAAAGAGAAUUGAAAUCAGUUGGAUCCUGUAUUGCAGUGGUUCCCAAACU